UUUCCCGGAAAAGAUGAGAGAAAAUUGUCCUAGACAAGGUACAUGAGAGCAACUGAGCAGUGAAUUUACUGGAUUCACGUACUGUCAUGGGGGACCUGGGAUGGAUUGCUUUUCCAAAAAAUGGGUGGGAGGAGAUCGGCGAAGUGGAUGAGAACUACGCCCCUAUCCACACGUACCAAGUGUGCAAAGUCAUGGAGCAGAAUCAGAACAACUGGCUCCUGACCAGCUGGAUCUCCAACGAGGGCGCUUCCAGAAUCUUCGUGGAGCUGAAGUUCACGCUGCGGGACUGCAACAGCCUCCCCGGCGGCCUGGGCACCUGCAAGGAGACCUUCAACAUGUACUACUUCGAGUCGGACGGCGAGGACGGCCGGCGCGUGGGCGAGAACCAGUACAUCAAAAUCGACACGAUCGCGGCCGACGAGAGCUUCACGGAGCUGGACCUGGGCGACCGCGUGCUGAAGCUCAACACGGAGGUGCGCGCCGUGGGGCCGCUGCGCGCCGCCGGCCUGCACCUGGCCUUCCAGGACCUGGGCGCGUGCAUCGCGCUCGUGGCCGUGCGCGUCUACUAC